AUGGCAAAACUGAUCAGUGCAUACGAGCUGCGCCGCCACUGGGUCAAUCACCAAGAAAUCGCUCUCCUCGAUGUGCGUGAAGAAGGGCCCUACUCACUGUCGCACCCUCUUUUCGCACUGAGCGUGCCUAUAUCCGAGAUUGAACAGAAGCUACCGGCUCUCGUUCCACGACGAUCAGCUCCGGUAGUUGUGUACGAUAAUGGAGAGGGCUAUGUCGAUCGAGCAGCCGCCCGGGCCAAAUCGCUAGGAUACACGGAUGUCGCCAUUCUAGAGGGCGGGCUGGCGGGGUACGCCCGGGUUGGCGAGGUUUAUCGAGACGUAAACGUCCCAUCGAAGGCAUUCGGGGAGCUGGUCGAGUCGAUCAACCACACUCCAUCUUUAUCGGCACGGGAAGUCAAGAAUCUCUUAGAGACUGACCCGCAGGUGGUCGUGCUGGAUGCACGGCGCUUUGAGGAGUACAACACCAUGAGUAUCCCGCGCGGUCGCAGCUGUCCCGGCGGGGAGCUGGUGUAUCGCGUGUUCGAGGUCGUCCCGUCACCGGAGACGACCGUGGUGGUCAACUGCGCAGGCCGGACGCGAAGUAUUGUGGGCACGCAGUCGCUCAUAAACUCUGGGGUGCCAAACAAGGUGGUUGCGCUGCGCAAUGGGACCAUUGGAUGGACAUUGGAAGGGUUUGAAUUGGAGCAUCGUAAGGAAGAGAGAGCCCUGGAGCCCUCAUCCCAAGCCACCAAACUAGCGCGUCGGCAUGCUCGGUCUUGGGCUGAAUACGUUGGGGUAUCGAUGAUCGAUGGGGAUAAGCUCGCUCAAUUGGCCGCGACCCCGGCCGGACCUUACCCAGCCGAGUUUGCCCGGGGUCAUCCUGCAGGCUUUUCCAAUGCCCCUGGCGGGCAGUUGGUACAAGCGACGGACGAGUGGGUUGGUGUGCGCGGUGCUCUCUUGGUCUUGUACGACACAGACGGCGUGAGAGCACGCAUGACAGCAAGCUGGCUCCUGCAGCUUGGAUGGGAGGUAUAUGUUCUUGACGAAAAUUCCACCGUGCCCGCGGAUCUGUCGAUCGCAAAAGUGCCGUCGUGGAUCCCCCCAGAGGCUGGCGCUAUUUCUACGGAGGAUUUGAAGCGUUUGAAAGAGGUCACUGUUGUUGAUCUUGCGCGCAGCCCAUCGUACCGCAAGGGUCAUAUUCCGGGUUCAUGGCACGCUUCCGGACCAGAGCUGAUUCGAGAUUUGAAGACCAUCAAUAACAAGGGGCCCAUUGUCCUGACAUCGCCAGACGGCGAGAUCGCAGCUGCAAAUGCGGGAUACGCACGCAACGCCAUCUCGAGGGACGUGUUCUAUCUGGCAGGUGGAACCGCAGCGUGGGUGGAGGCUGGUAAUGCCGUCGAAACGGAAACCCGGUGGCUCUCCGCACCAAUUGACGUAUAUAAAAGACCGUACGAGGGCACCAGCAAUGCUCGCAAAGACAUGCAGGGAUACCUUGACUGGGAAUAUGGGUUGGUGGCGCAAUUGGCCAACGACGGUGUCUCUCGCUUCCAUGUUGUACGCAACCAACGUGUACAGGGUGAGUGA